AUGGCCCAGGCGGCUGUCGCUGCUCUUAGAUUAGCUUCCUCUAUUCCUGCCAGCCUUGAUGCUGCUUCAGAACAAGUACUUAUGGCACUCAGCUACCGCAGCGCCACAAUCCAAGAUUUGAAGGAUUUGGUUGACAAGUUUGCGCACGAUGGAAAGGGACUGGUGGAAGAGCUCCAAGGUCGCGGUGAAGGAAACCACUUUCGUCAAAUACGACGAGAGGCCCGGGAGCGACAGGAUGAAUAUUCUCUUGGCCCAGAGCAGCAUCAUCAUGAUUACCAACUUCACUCAUCAAGUGGAGAUGCAAAACGUAUUGCAAAGCAUGAAGAACAACCACUAUUAGUACUACCUCGAAUAAAUCUGAAGACUCGCAUCAUGCUGGUGGUGAGCGGAGCACGCCAUCUCAACACUACGAUGCAACAGGAUAGAGCGACUAGAUGCAUUGUCAUUUGCAAUGGGUGCCAUUUUCAGAAUCUCCCUAGAUAG